AUGGGCACGGACGAGAGCAAGGGCAGGACGCCAGGGGCGAAGGACCCCGCCAAGAGCCGCUCGGGCGGAGGGGCGGCGGGCGACGGCGGCAAGGCAUCGUCCCACCCGACCGCCGACUUGGGGUCCUUCGCUUCGCUCCCGAAGCUGCGCGACGCCGUGGCCGUGGAGCGAAGCGACCUCUUCCGUCGCAAGAUGGAGGUCUGCUGCAUAGUUCUCGACUUUUCCAACGACUCGAACCUGCGCGAGAAAGAGGCCAAGCGCCAGACUCUUCUCGAGAUGGUCGAGUACGUGAACAGUACGCGGAACUGUUUCAACGAGGCCCUCAUGCAGAACGUCGUGAACAUGGUGAGCGCGAACAUCUUCCGUGCAUUGCAGACAAAAAACAAGGACGUACGGAUGUUCUCGGACCCAGAAGAUGACGAGCCUUGUUUGGAGAAGGCGUGGCCACAUUUGCAGAUCGUCUAUGAGUUCUUCUUGCGCUUCAUAGUCUCGAACGACGUGGACCCCAAGAUCGCAAAGCGUUUCGUCGACCAGAAUUUCAUGAUGAAGUUUCUCGAGCUCUUCGAUGCUGAGGACCCCCGCGAACGUGACUACCUCAAGACCAUCUUGCACCGCAUAUAUGGGAAAUUCAUGGCCCUUCGCUCCUUCAUUCGCCGCGCUAUCCAGCACGUGUUUUGCAAGGUGAUCUACGAGUCCGAGAACCACAGUGGGGUAGGCGAGUUGCUGGAGAUCUUGGGCAGUAUCAUCAACGGCUUCGCGCUUCCGCUGAAGGAUGAACACAAGGAGUUCUUGAUGAAGGCCUUGAUCCCUCUCCACAAGGUGAAGUCUCUGGCGUCGUUCAACCAGCAACUCUCUUACUGUAUGGCGCAGUACGUGGAGAAGGAUCCGCGCCUCGCCUACGACAUCAUCACGGUGAUGUUGCGCUUCUGGCCUUUGUCAAUCACGGCCAAGCAGGUGCUGUUCCUGAACGAGCUGGAGGAGACGCUCGAACUCACACAGCCAUCCGAUUUCCCAAAAAUGCAGGUGGAGUUAUUCCGCCGCCUCGCUAUGUGCAUCACUUGCCCUCACUUCCAGGUGGCCGAACGCACGCUCUUCUACUGGAACAACGACUACAUAGUGAAGCUGAUUAAUCAGAACCGGCACGUCCUGUUCCCUAUCAUUAUUGGGGCCUUGUAUAAGAAUUCCAAGCACCACUGGAACAGUGCCGUCCACGGUCUCACAUUCAACGUGCUCAAGCUGUUGAUGGAAGCAGACCCACAACUGUUCGACCAGUGCGCCGAACAGCACCGCCAGGAGGAGGAAGAAGAGGAGCGCCGCGAGCAGACGCGGAAACAGAAGUGGAAGGUGGUCCCGGCCGAGGGCAGCCGGGACUUCCCGGAGCGGGCCGCGGAACACGAGUGCUGGCCGGGGGGGGGGGGCCUGGUGCCCGCGAUGCUUGCGGAGCUGCUGGGCCUGCGGUGCGGGGGCGGUCUGUUCUCGAAGAGGCACGACGUGGGCGGCCUCGUCGUGGCCGAGGACAGUAAGGCGGGCGAGGGCGGCUUCGCCACCGUGUGGAGGUGCCGGGCGCUGUCGGGCCGCGGCUACGGCGGGGAGGUCCCGGCGGAGUACGUCGCCCUCAAGAAGACCAUCUGCGCCGACGAGGACAGGCGGGCCACCGCCCUGAGCGAGGCGGAGGUCCUGCGAGGUACCGUGGACCAGCCAGGCCCCGGGUCUGAGCUCGUGGCCCGCUACUUGGGCCACGCCGAGGUGCCGGCCGUGGCCGGCGCGCGCGGCCAGGUGCUGGUAGUGCUGGAGUGGUGCGCACGGGGCACGCUGCUGGACCGCGUGCUGGGGGACGGGGGCGCGGUGUCCGAGCCUAGGUGCCCCAACGUGGAGGAGGCGGUGGCGGUCAGGAUGCUGAAGGAGGUGUCCUGCGCGCUGCGGUACUUGCACUGGUCGCGCGGUAUCGUGCAUUACGACCUGAAGCCCGAGAACAUAUUAUACUGCGCGGACAGCUCCACGCGGCUGUGCGACUUCGGCAGCGCCAGCAGCUCUCAGUGGCCCGACUUCUGCCGCGAGACGUCCCGGGGCGUCGUGAGACAGGUGCAGCUGUUCCUGGAGAGCCGCACGACGCCGAUGUUCCGGCCGCCAGAGCUGGCCGACCCAGACUUGGCCAGGCUGCCGAUAACGGGCAAGGCGGACAUGUUCAUGCUGGGGCUGUGCUUGUUCCAGGCGCUCUUCGCGGUGCACGCCUUCCCCGCGGAGGGCAGGCUGGCGAACCUGAACGCCACUUUCUCGGUCCCCGCGGCCGCCGAGGCCAGCUAUUCCCCAGCCGUGCUGAGAACGCUGCGGGCGCUGCUCCGCAGGGAGCCCGAAGAGCGGCCGGGGCCAGAGGAGCUGCACAGCACGGGACUGCUGGGCGGGCAGCCUGGCAGCGGUGGGCUCGCCAGCGUCGCGCCUCCGGCGGAGGGCCCCGCUGCGGAGGGCCAGCCGCCUGCCUCGGCACCCGCGGGCAGCCCAGAGGCGGAGGCGCGCGGCGCCGCCUGUGCGGCCCGCGACUCUGCGGCCGCGCCACCCGCUGCCUGCGACGCCCCCACGGAGGCCGACCCGCCCGUCGUGACUUUCAGCUUCCGGCAGGAGGCAAACCUGGCGGUUGGCCCUGGCCGACCCCCCGUGCUGCCGCUGCCAAGGGGUGCCUCCUCGUACGUCGGGUCGCUGUCUCAUCGGGUGCUCGGCGAGCGCGUCCCCCUGGAGCUGAGAGUCGACCGCGAGGGCGGCCGGUGGUGCGGCGAGUGGUUCGUCCUGGACCAGGUCGAGCCAGUGAGCAUCGAGCUGAUGGGGCAGAACCAGGUGCGCAUCGUCAACACCGACGGCCAGUGCACCACGACCCUGUGCGGAACCUGCGGCGCCGAUGGCACCAUCCGCGGCGACUUGCGCCAGGGCAGCGAGGGCGGCGGGUGCUUCGAGCUGCACCCGGUGAGCACGGCCGACCCGCGGAGCCUCGCCGAGCCUGCGUUGCCGAACCCGCCCUGGGUCGGGCUGAGCCCAGGGAGCGACGUGCCGCCGCCGUCGCCCGCGUCGCAGACGGAGGCGGCAGGGGCUGCGGUCAUGGUGGCGGUCUCUGGGAGGCUGCUCGUCUUCUCCAAGAGCAGGAGCAAGUGGCUCCCUGGGGACAUCCUGGCGCUGGUCGUCCGCGCCGGCAGGAUGGCAGAGGACCCCGGGGCGGCAGCACAGCCGCCGGCGCCAGCUGGCGCCGUGUGGGUGCGCUUCCAGCCGCCCGGAGAGCCCGCGAUGACGAAGAUCGUGCCGCCAGAAGACUUCGGCGAGACGCUCCGACCGUGUGAAGGAGGGCCCGCAGCGGGGCCGCCGGGCCUGGCCGCCGUCGCCGGCGACGUCUCCGUGCUCUCGCGGAGCCGGCGCGCCUGGCUGCCCGGGCGCCUCGUGCGGCUCGCGCUCCGCGCCGGCAGGACCGACGCGGGCGAGGCGCUGCCCCCAGGUGCGGUGCACGUCUGCAUCCAGAUGGGCGCGGACGCCCGCGGGGACAAGUGGCUGCCGCCCGAGGAGUUCUGCUCCUGCCUGAGGCCGCCGGGCGGGAGCUCGGCGGGAGGCACGAGCCGCCGGGCCGUGCAGCUGUGA